AUCACGUACUUCCGUUUCUUUCUUCACUCAUAUCAGUACACGUUGUAUGUGCUUGCGACGUGAGUGAUUUGUUGUAGGCGCAAAUUAGGCACACUGCAGACAUGCGGAUGUUUUUGUUGUUCGCCGUAACAGCGCUGUCUCUCAGCCCCAUGUUGGUCUGCGGAUCGGAGAAGAAAAAACUGCAGAUCGGCGUCAAGAAGCGAGUGGAUAACUGCCCCAUUAAGUCCAAGAAGGGAGACGUGCUGAACAUGCACUACACCGGCAAACUGGAAGACGGCACCGAGUUUGACAGCAGCAUUCCCCGCGACAGACCCUUCACCUUCACACUGGGCACCGGUCAGGUGAUUAAAGGUUGGGACCAGGGCCUGCUCGGCAUGUGCGAGGGAGAAAAGAGGAAGCUGGUCAUUCCCGCGGAGCUCGGCUAUGGCGACCGGGGAGCUCCACCGAAAAUACCCGGAGGAGCGACACUCAUUUUCGAAGUAGAGCUGCUGAGCAUCGAGAGGAGAUCCGAACUUUGAUGAAGGAAGGACGCUGGAAGGAAGAGAAGCUGACAUCUAUUGGGGACCAGUGAGGCACACCUGAUAUUUAGGAUGCGAGUCUUCCAUGGGCCCUUACACCAGCAGAGCCACUACUUUGCUUAAUGUGUUCUGCUUUAGUGGAUCAAGGUUAAAUUGAACUGAUAAGAUUUGAAGAAAAAAAUCCCAUUCAUUUUUCAUUUAAUUAUGUCAUUGUAAGCUGGUUUAUUUCAAUAUUUUUUCAUCACAAAAAUUACACAGGUUCUCACAAACACUGUGAAAGGCGCAUAAGAUCAUAGCUUUUUUUAAGUUAAAUGUUUGACUGUUGAUAAUAAAAAAAUGCUAAUUUGGAAAACAUUUGCAGACUUAUUUUGUAUGUGUUUGAAAGACAUUUUAAAGGUGCAAUCCCUCCAUGGCUCCUAGUUACACUUUCUUUCCCCACCCAAAAAAUUACAAGACCAACACCACUGGCUAGCAUAUUACCAAUAAUGGUUUCAGAAAACAGAUUGUACAAAAAAACAUCUAUAUGUUCCUGUCUGCCUUUCACUCAGCUAGGGAACCUAAGGAAACACACGAGCACAAGUCUUAUUUAUGUCAUAAAUGGCUUAUUUACUCUUAUGUAUACUAUUUGGGUAAUGUAAAGGUGACUAUAGGGGUGUUAUUUCAUGUCUAGAGGGCUCUACUGUUAAUUGUUCUCUUGCAAUCUAAUUUCUAAAUUACGAUUUUUAAAAUAUGACAACGAGCUGCAUCACAAAAGGCUCAUGCUGCGGUGUUGUUGGCGUAACUGCCAACACUUCCUCCUGGCUCUCCUCUUCUCCCAGUGAGUCUCGCAAGUUGGCUCCACCGGCCUGCUGGCAGGCAGCCCACGCCACCAUUAAAACAAACUGACAGUACUGGGACAGAAAUCAAGGCAAAUUUCUGCCGUUUUUGCUUUUCUAGGAAGACUUGACAUGAUUGUGACUGUAAAUACAUUUUUGCCAGUUUAUCCAGAAGAACAUUUGUGAGGUCAUAAGUCACUGGAAGAGGGUCUGGCUCACUGUUACAAUGCAUGUGUGUAAAAUUUGUGUUGCAUUGCAGUGUUAUUGUUACAGAAUACAGCUGAUAUAU